GCCAUGAUUCUGUGAUCCCUGGAGGUGCUCAAGGGGAGGUUGCAUGAGGCUUUGGGCAGCCCCGUCCCCUGGGAGGUGUCUCUGGUCGGGUGAUGUUUUAGGUCCCUCCAGCCCAAAACACCCCACGACUCCCCCUGCCGAUCGCCCGCACGGGGUGGGGUGGGGAAGGGCUGCCCCGCCCUAUGCACCUGCGCCAGGUGCGCUGCGAGGAGCCGGGGGUGCUGCAGCCCGGGCAGCAUAACGGAAGAGAGUCACGGUCUGUACCUUCUUCAGUUUAUGUCAACUUCAUACCUUCGAAAUGAACGUGAAUAACCCUAUACCUUCCAACCUGAAGUCAGAAGCUAAAAAGGCAGCUAAAAUAUUACGAGAAUUUACAGAAAUAACUUCCAGAAAUGGACCAGAUAAAAUCAUUCCACCGCAUGUAAUCGCUAAAGCGAAAGGCCUUGCAGUUCUGUCUGUUAUCAAAGCUGGAUUUUUGGUGACUGCUCGUGGUGGAAGCGGAAUUGUACUAGCUCGUCUUCCCGAUGGAACCUGGUCUGCUCCUUCUGCAAUAGGAAUUGCCGGCCUUGGUGGUGGAUUUGAAAUUGGAAUUGAGGUUUCAGACUUGGUGAUAAUAUUGAAUCAUGAAAGAGCAGUAGAAGCUUUUGCCAAAGGAGGGAAUCUUACACUCGGAGGAAAUCUUACUGUGGCAAUUGGACCUCUGGGAAGAAACUUAGAAGGAGAUGUUGCCCUGAGAAGCUCCGCUGCUGUCUAUACAUACUGCAAAUCUCGAGGUCUGUUUGCAGGUGUGUCUCUGGAAGGAACCUGUUUAAUCGAAAGGAAAGAAACAAAUCGCAAGUUUUAUGGGCAGGAUAUUCGUGCUAGUGCCAUCUUGCUUGGUGAUGUGCCUUUUCCUCCUCAAGCAGAAGAUCUUUAUGAAACUCUAGCAUCCUUCACUGAAGUAUAUGAAAAUGAAGAGCAAAGAAAUAAUCCAGGAAAAGCUGUAAGGGAACAAAGAAGGGUAAAUGACCUUCCCACUAGACCAUCAUCGAGACCAGAGCCACCUAAACCUGCUGUAAGACCAACACCACCAGUGAAAAAGAAUACAAACAAACUUUAUCCUGAACUUCCAAACGAUUGUGACUCUGUGGGCAACUCUCGGAGUAAUACAGUCGAAGUGACGGCACUUUAUUCAUUCGAAGGACAACAGCCAGGUGACUUGACUUUCAAAGCUGGAGACAAAAUCACGGUCACAACCAAAACAAAUUCCCAGUUUGACUGGUGGGAAGGAAGAAGAGGAGGACAAACUGGCAUCUUUCCAGCCAAUUACGUUGCCAUAAUUCACAACUGAAAUUGUAUAGAAGAAAAUGUUGAAGCAGUAAUAUAUUUACCCUAAGAAAUAUAUUUUAACUUUUCAGAUUUUAUUAAAAUGAGAUUCUUGAUCAAGACUAUUCUAAACAAAAUUUAAAUGCAUUAAAUAAUCUUAACUGUCCCAUGGAGGUGUUUAAGGAACGGGUGGAUGAAGUGCUUGGGGACAUGGUUUAAGGGAGUGUUAGGAAUGGUUGGACUCGAUGAUCCAGUGGGUCUUUUCCAACCUGGUGAUUCUGUGAUUCUAUUAUUCUAAGCUUAUUUCUUAAAUAAACUUUAGGUUAUAAUCAAUUUAUGAUGAAGUUUUGGUUUUGAGCAAGUUGUCGUAUAAAAAGCACUCUAAUUUGUGUCUAGUUUCAAUUCUGUGGAUUUGUAUAUGGAUUUUUUUUUUUACAUGAGGGAAAACCUACAAACAAUUUAAACCUAGACACUGAAAAUAAUACUGAUUUCUAUUAAAUUCUAAUUUACAGUCUCUUUCUAUAAUAAAAGCUCUCAGAUUUGCUUCAAACUGUCUCUGAGUUGGAAUUCUUUACUUUUACUUAACAAAGGAAAUUUUUACAUAUGGCAGAAGAAAUUACCUUUAUACUUGGUUUUAAAAAUCAGUGUAGACAUUGCGGUUUUUCUUAGUAACCACUUCAGGUCUGGUCCCCAGUGUUUGUCCGUGUUAGGCAUACAAAGACUUUUUUUUAAACAAGUCCCUAGCAGUUUAGCAGUUUGGCUUCUCUGAUAUCUCUGAAGAAUUUAAGCACUUCAGGAAGUUUGUUUAAUAAAAGGCAUGAAUAGUCCCUCCCGGAAAGUAUGUAUGUUUACGACAUCCCUUGAUUCCCAUAGGAAUGCAAGAUAGAGAAAUCUCUGCCCGGUUCACAAGUGAGCUUGCAGAACUCCUGCUUCUCAGAUUUAAGAUUUUCUUAAUAUUUAAUCUUUAAGGAAAGAGCAACAUAGAGUAAAUUACAGAGUAAAUAGAGUAAAUUAUAUACAGUAAGACAGGGAAAAUAUUUCUGUAGGAUAUAUGUAGUAGUAGUAGUGUAUAGCACUACCGUUCUCAGAUUUCAACUCAAUUUUGAGUAUUUUUUCGUUUUAUGGAUGCAGGUAUUGACUUGGAAGUUGAUGUGACAAAUCUGAGCAGAGGUGAAAAUGAGACUUGGAGUCUUUGAAAACCAGUUUAGUUUCCUUCUCAUUGCUGGAUGUGCUGAAUUUGCCCGUUAUAUGGAGUUGAUGCCAAGAUUAUAAUUGUGCUUCUUGAGUCUCAGCUUUUCCCCACUUGAAAAUGUAUUUUGCUAACUCCUUUCUCUUAACAGGGCCAUGAGUAUCAGAUGGAAAAUUAGUAAGUGUGAUCUUUCUGGCAACCAAGUUGCAGCAGGUCUGCUGUUAUGAUCUACUAAUCUAUCAGGUGCUGUGUAGCUUAAAAGUUAUCCCAUCUGAAUGGCAUGGUUAAGCCUGGUAUAGAGGAAGACUUAUCAUUAUUCAAAGAUCAUUCUGUUCUGCUUGUCGGUAAAAAUUUCUGGUUUUCUUUCAGGCUGAGCCACGUAGUUUUUGAUAAACAAACUCAAAAUGAAGAAGAAACUUAGUCAAAUGUGUUUACUACUUUUCAAUGAAAAUCCUUCAUAUUCUUUGCCUCGUAGACAGGACAGAUGUACAUGUUCCAGGCCAGGUUGGAUGGACCUUGGGCAGCCUGAGCCAGUGGGAGGUGUCCCUGCCCAUGGCAGGGGGGUUGGAACUGGAUGUUCUUCAAGGUCCCUUCCAACCCAAACCAUUCUAUGAUUCCAUGUUUCUGUGUGAUCUAUCUUCAGACAGAUACCACCACCGCCAAAUGGAUCCAUAUUGCUUGCAGGUAUUUUUCUAGAAGGUAUUUUCCAACUAGUUGGAGUUACAUACCCUUACAUAGCUGCAGUAGAAGCAUUAACAUAUGUCUUUAGAAGGACAGUGGUAGCAUCUGCCAGUUUGAAAUAAGAAAGCAAAUUCUGUGUUUACCUAUCUUUCACAGAGUGCAUCUAUUGGUUAUUAAUGAAGAAAACACAUCCAACAUCAAGACUCAGUGAACGGGACUAAUAAUAAUAUCAUAGACCCGGAGCAAGAUAUGCCAUGCAUUGACAGAAUCACUCCUGCGUGUAUUUUACCCUGUUGCUGCACUUCAGUGAAGCAGUACAAGCUGAAGCAUCCACCAGGAGAAUCAUAGAAUCGUAGAAUCACCAGGUU